GAGAGACAUAGCGACAUAGAGAGAGAGAGAGAGAGAGAGAGAGAGAGAGAGAGAGAGAGAGAGAGAGAGAGAGAGAGAGAGAGAGAGAGAGAGAGAGAGAGAGAGAGAGAGAGAGAGAGAGAGAGAGAGAGAGAGAGAGAGAGAGAGAGAGAGAGAGAGAGAGAGAGAGAGAGAGAGAGAGAGAAGAAUGAAAAUAAAAAUAGUAAACUGUAGUCCGAUAGAUAGAUAGAUAGAUAGACAGAUAGAUAGAUAGAUAGAUAGAAAGAUACAUAGAUACAUCUAUACAUAUAUAUAGACGGAUAGGCCUAUAGAUAUUGUAUUUUCAAUCUAAUUUGCAUAACAUCUUUAUGAAGACUUUCCGUAGAGAACGAAGCUUAUCUGAGCCAACGUCAGGAGCAAGUGGAUGGGACGUGUAGUGUGUUCUCACUCGGUCUGUGACGGCGCUACCGGAGACUCCAGUAGUGUAAGCUUCCGUCAGGUCUCGGCAGAGAGUCCAUUCAAAUACCUCUCGACUGAUGUUGAACAUCCGAAAAACCAUCACGAAAGUAACCCGCGGGACAUGUAAAUUUCUUAUGGCUUGCUGUCUAAGUGGCCUCCCCCUGUGUUGAGUGUGACCUUCUACUGAGCCUCCUGUUUAGUGCUGUCAUCAUCACCUGCCAGGCCAAGGUAUGAAACGUCCAUACAGCCCCACCACUCUCCCAGACUCCGAAGCGGACCACCCAGACCGGGGGGUCUCCUCCUCCUCCUCCUCCUCCACCUCCACGUCGGUGGCGUUGGUGGCCGUCCUGGGUGGAGAGAUGAACAGCCAUGCAGAGCACCACCACCACCAACUCCUCCUCCACCACCACCACCACCAGCAGCAGCAGCAGCAGCAGCAGCAGCAGCAGCAGCACCAACACCACCAGCAGAGCUGCGGCGACUCCCAGACGGAGGCUUUAGUACCGGAGGAGCGGCCAGCGGGGGGCGCCCUGCCCUCCGUGCACCACAGAGCCAAGCGGGAGCGGAAGACGCGCAGCUACACGCUGUGUGACGUGUGCAACAUCCAGCUGAACUCCCCCGCGCAGGCCCAGAUCCACUACAACGGCAAGUCCCAUCAGAAGAGGCUGAAGCAGAUCAGCAACGGCAAGGUCCCCGCCAGCGGCCAAGGUAGGACCAGUGGGUCUGAGGGGCGAAACCCCCCCAGUGGCGGGCUGGAGUCUGUGGUGGCUGAUGUUGGCAACCAAAGGUUUGCAUGGAGGUGAUGCAGCACAGAUGGCAGCUGGAUCUAUUUUCCUUAUGAAUGCUCUUUGAAUUCAAACACUUUUUGGAGCUCCAAGUGUGAUUGCCUAUGCGGAGGGUGUUUCUCUAUGUGGGUGCUUGUGUGUGUUUGAGGGGGGAAAAGGUGUGUGUGUGUGUGUGUGUGUGUGUGUGUGUGUGUGUGUGUGUGUGUGUGUGUGUGUGUGUGUGUGUGUGUGUGUGUGUGUGUGUGUGUGUGUGUGUGUGUGUGUGUGUGUGUAUAAA